AUGGCAACAGAGUCUCAAGAGAAUUCAUCAAAUGAAGAAUCCUCUACUGAAGGUAACAAGCUGUUAAAAUCAAUGAAGUCUGUGCUCUCAUCUCUUCAGAAGAGCAUCGUAAAGGCCUUGAACACCCAGGAAGAAGAAAGAAAGGGCUUUGCCGAAUUUGAAAAAAAUCUCUACAGCCGUCAAUCUGAAAUGAUGGACCUUGAAAGGCACAUCAAUGAUGAUCGUCAUAGGGAGACUAUGGAUGAAUUCAGUCUGGUGAAGAAUCAGAUGGCUAAUGCUGAAAGAGAUCAACCUCGAAUCACCCAAAGCGAGUCAAGUAGAAGAAAUAACAGUGUGUCAACCGGCACUAUAUCUAGACGAGCUCCAAGCAACGAUGAUAAUCCUAGGCCAAACAAGAGAGGUGGAGGUCGAAGCGGUGGUGAUCGUGGAGGCAGAAAUAGUGGUGGUGGCCAUAGUAGGCUAUCUGGUGUUGAUCAAGGAGGUUGUGACAGUGGUGGUGAUCAUGGUGGUAGAUCAAGUGGAAGUGGUCGUGGUGGUCGCAGCUUUCCUCCUUUUCUCAACAUAUUGCCUAAGUAUGGAAAUUGUGAGAUAUCGGGUGCUAAAAUAUGGAGUGUCGAAGUGUGGAAAGCCGAAUAUGGGAAAGUUGGAUUGGGAAAUGACGGAUGUGGAAAGUCGAUCUAUGGAAAACUGGAAUAUGGGAAGCCGAUCUGUGAAAUACCGGAAUGA